AGCAACCUUGUCAAGCGCGGCUAGCUAGCUGGCUAGCAAGAGACUUAACCCAUUUAACCUGUGGCACAGUGAGUGUGUUUACAUAUGGGAACUAAAGAACUACUCUAUGUAAAAUGAACACUGAGGACAAGUUGGAGGGCAUGCUGCUGAAGGGCAGCAGUGGAGGGCAGGACGGAGGAGGGAGAGUCGGACUGGGCGGCGGGGGAGGUUUGGUGGUGAUGACCUUGGGGGAUCGAUCACUGGCAGACCACCCUCUGUUGGAAGACGACGACGACGAUGAAGAUGAAGACACCGACUUGACUGGCAGCUCGCUGGUCACACAUGACCUGGUUCCUCCAGAUCAGCUGAUGAUGCAGGAGGAGAUGACAAAGAAUGGUAGAGGAGGAGCAGAGGAGGGCGCAGGAGAGGUGCAUUUCCCCCUAAAACUCACCAAUAAGUUGCCCUGCUUGCUUCAUAUGCCAUUGAGCAUCAAGCAGGAACUGAAGCUGUCCGAGGCACCGGGCCAAAUUAAGAAAAAAGCAGUUAAGGACCUGAUGGUGUCUCCCAAGAAGAAAAAAAGGAAGCAGCGUUCACCAGCAAAGGUACAGAUUCUCAGCAUCAAUGAUGAUGGAUCAUUGGGCCUCCAAAGCCCCAAGUGUCACGUCUGUGUUCACUGUAAUGCUGCAUUCAGAACCAACUACCACCUACAGAGGCAUGUCUUCAUUCACACAGGUGAGAAGCCAUUUCAGUGCAGCCAGUGUGAUAUGCGCUUCAUUCAGAAAUAUCUCCUCCAGAGACAUGAGAAGAUCCACACCGGAGAAAAGCCUUUUCGCUGUGACGAGUGUGGCAUGAGGUUCAUCCAGAAGUACCACAUGGAGAGACACAAGAGGACUCAUAGCGGAGAGAAACCAUACCAAUGUGACUACUGUCACCAGUACUUCUCCAGAACAGACCGGGUUUUAAAGCACAGACGAAUGUGUCACGAGAACAGAGAGAGAAAGACCAACAAAGCAGCUGGUAAAGUCGGGCCUUUGCUUGAAGCAGAUUCUUUGGACCUCCCUUUUCUUGCCCAAGACUGUUCACUGCCCAAGAAAAAACGACAAAAGUGUGCAGACAAGAGUCCCGAAGCUUCCACUGCUGCCCAGACAGACGGGCACACUGUCACUGUAAUCGAAACGGAGGAGAAGGAGGAGCAGAGACAGAAUAAAAUUGAAGGUCUACCUCUCUUUGCUGUGUCCUCCAAGAUCAAACACGAGUAUGUGAUAGCUGACUUCUCUGUGGAACCUGAAGAACCGGCUAGCCAACACCAAGAGGGAGAAGUGUCGUCGGGGGACACCACUCCCCCCAGACUAGUCCUGAAGAAAGUCCCCAAGAGGAGUCUCAAACAGUCCAGUGAACAAACUCCUCCCUGCCUCUCCACUUCGUCUUCCUUUGAGGAAAAUACUAAGGUCACACAGUACACCUUUGAGAUCGUGGACAAGCAAGGCCUUUUAGAGGUGGAAAGCAACACAGAGCUCGAGUCAGUCGAAACUCUUCAAGAAAGACCAACAAAGCCAGCAGCUAGCAGCACAAACUACGACGACGCCAUGCAGUUCCUGAAGAAGAAGCGCUACCUUCAGGCUGCGAUGGCCAACAACAGUCGAGAUUACAGCCUGAACACAAGCAGCAUUUCCUCCCAGCCGUCUGUCACACAAACCGUAGUCUCUGCCGUCAUUGGCGAGAAUGUCCCCGUCACCAUCCUGGAGCCCCAGCCUAUCAGCGCAGAGAUAAAAGCCACGCAUGACAAGAAUGUGUUGCCAGACGAGGUUCUUCAGACGCUGUUGGAACAUUACUCCAACAAAGCCAACGGGCAAUCGGACAUUUCCUUCAGCGUGGCCGACACAGAGGUGACAUCCAGCAUAUCCAUUAAUUCCUCCGAGGUUGCAGACGGCAGCCCUGUGGAAAACCUUGUGGUCUCUAGUGCCCAGCCUCAGCCGGCUACCGAAAAGGUCAGCCUCUUGCAAGAAUACUCAAAGUUUCUCCAGCAAGCACUUGAGAGGACCAGCCAGAACGACAGCUACCUGACCAGCCAAAGCCUCAGCUUGGUCUCGGAAAACCCCACCUUAGCGGGGCAACCUCUGUUCUCCACAGAGAAACAGUUUCCUUCCCCCAGCAGGUUCAAAUCAGGGAUGAGCUCUCCGCUAAGGUCCACUUCAGAGAAACCUCACUUUGGAUUACUCGUCGGGGACUCUCAGCACUCGUUUUCGUUUUCAGGCGACGAGACCACCCCUCCAUCUGCUGUGUCUCCGGCUGAGGAGGACUUUCUGCAGGAGGUCUCGCCCUCCAAAAAGACAGACUCUUCUCAAGGCAUAAUUCAGACGUUUCAAAUAAGCUCCUUCGAUCAGAACUUCAAAUCCCAAUUCCAGACAUCAAGAUCUGGAUCCUCCUCACAGUUUACCGUUGCCAAUGGACAAUUAAGUCUCCGAGCACACAGCACAGACUUCUCAGAGUUCCCCUUAGUCAGAGUCGUCGAGACCAGGUCUCAACUGAACUCGUCCCCUGAUGUUUCCUCCAGUGAAACCUUUGGCUGAAGAAUUCAUUUUCCUCUUCAUAAUUUCAGCGGCACUUUAUCUCAUGUCUCCUGUUCAGCCAAAACAAGUCCCAUUGUCCACUAUGUUUUCUUUCUAAACGUAUUUUGUCAUAAAACAUGAAAAAAAUAUGUUUUGUUAAGCGCAACCUCCUAAAAUGGAGAUACUUAAUUCGCACUUCCCCUUUAAAAAAUGUGUUAUUUCUUGCCCCAGAAUGUAAAUUGAGUCAUGACCAAAGUGUAAUGCAGGACAAAGCGAAAUAUCCUCUCAUAGCAUCGCCACAGAAUUUAUGUUUAAAGUCAAUCAGUUUGCCUUGCACAAAACAAAUCAUUGUUACUUUCGCUGCUUAAUGCAACCACUUGUUAAUAAUAGCCCCCUAUUUAUAUUUGCCUCUUUGCUCUUACUGUAGCUACCCCGCUUGCUGAUUAUAUGAAAUUCACUACUUACAAUCUUAAUCCAGCAGUGUGACUCCUGUUAAGUUGUCUAAGAAAUGAGAAAAUUAGAAAAUGAUUAGAUCAUAAAUGUGACUUAUGUUGAAGUCACUUUACUGUCACCUGAGAUGGGUGUGCCCCAUUGAUUUGAGUGUACUCAUCUGAUAUGGAAUAUAAUAGUUUUUUCCAUUUGCAGAUCGGACUUGUCUUGUAAAUUGGCCAAAGAGAAGAAAUUGUAAUUCCAUUAAUGAAACAUUCCCUUUGUAGGUUAAUUUCUUGGCACAGCCUUUUGUGACAGAAUAGGCAAAUGUUGGGCUGUAUUUGUGUUAAAAAAAUAAAACAAAAAAAUGAUUACGGUUUCAAAUAGCUACAUCCAUGUAAUGGUUGCCAGGUUAUUACUGUUGUCCAGUAUAAAUUAGUUGAAAUAAGAUUACUUACAAGGAUUGUGCUUUACUCUUGCACAAUUUGCACAAUUAUUCAACGACAGGAAUGUAAUUCAUCAUUUCUGAUUUGGGUAAUUUGAAAUUACAGAUGAUGCUGUGGCUCUUGUUUUCUGCAGUUUAAAAUACUUUGUUUUCUUUCGGAAACAAUGUGAUUAGACUCUCCUAAAUGCUCAUUAAGGCUAUAUUAUGAAAGAGUGUCCACCUGGAAAUUAGGUGCUUUGUUUUCCAGUUUUAUUCGUUUUACAUCUGUGCCUUUUAAUUUUUUUAAUUACAGGCUUUCCUUUACUCAUUCCUGUAUUUUUGUUUUUUAGUCAGUUUUGGCUAUGGCUACUAAUUCCUCUUGCACAAUAACAACAAAAACAUAAGCUAUCAACUUAUUCAGUCUGUAAUACGUUAAAAUAUGGGAGCUUUAUUUAUUUUUGCGCAUCAUAUAUUAUUAUUUUAGCAAGAAAUGGCUCCGAGUUUAGUUCUCAAACUAUUAUCUGUGGAUGGAUGGAAAAAGCAUUUUUUCAUUGACUGUGCUAGAGUCUUCAGUUUUGAGCAUUAUCACCACAUCUGUUCAGGCCUUGUUGAAAAGUGAUGGAGUGAGGUCUCAUCUGUUCUUCAUCACACUGUUUAUGGUUUUCGAUGUGUACAAGUAUGUGUGAGGUGCUAUGUGUAAAUCACUGUUUUAAAAUGCGCCCUCAAAUUAUGUUUGGUAAUUCGUGUUUAGCUCCCUCUUGUUUAAAUUCUACAGACCAUCAGGGACAGACCGCAACCACAUAAAUCAUAAAAAAUGCUUUAUUUUUCCUCAUUGAACAUUCCCACAAGAAUGUAUGAUACUGCUGUAAAUACUUUGUAUAUUGUUAUGUUCUUCUGAGAAGUACUGUUAGAUCGUUGUGUCAAUAGAGAGGCUUGUGCAAGAGACACUUUUUGUCAGAGGAUUUUUUUUAACAUCCAACAAUGAAUCCAUUUAACUUGCUGACAAAGAUGUGGCUUUUCUAAUGUUACUAUAUAUCUCAUCACUGUUAUAAAGAGUUAAAUCAACUAGGUAAAAUUAAUUUCUCUUUUUUUUUGUUUGUAAAUCAAGGUUGUUGAUUGUUCAUUAUGAUGGGAUUUGCCACGGUUGGGAAUGAAAAGCCCUCACUGAGAAAAUGUUGAUUUGGUUUUUAAUAAUAAUCCACCUGAAAUCACUCUUUUUAUAAGUAUCAAGAAGCUGAGGUGGGAUUGAAAUCUUGUCAGUUAAAAUAGCAUUUGGGCGGAGUAUAACUUAAAAGUGUUGUGGUUUAAAUUUCACUUGCUACCCAUUUCAUUGUUAGACAUUAUUGAAAGCACAGUGCAGUAAGACUGCGUCGGUUCAUUGUAUCCAUUUAAUUGAAUCAUGGAGAAGUUUUAAUUCAGUUAAGCAAUUCAAUAUCCAGAACUGAAGAAUAUUUGUGAAUUAUAUCAGCAGUACCUUUCCUUUAAACUAACUUGUCAGUAACCUGGCCAUAAGUGUCCUUGUAUAAGCUCCAGAAAAAUUGUUUUGUGUAAAAAGAUCUGAAUUAUUGAAUUUUUGAUAAAAACUAUUUUUGAAACAUGUCAUUUAAGGCACUGAUAUGUACAGUAUAUCAUAUGCAGUCACUAUUGCUACCCUCAUUUAUCUCUGUACAAGUCGUUUGUGUCAAGAUCUUUCAAUUGCUGAUGGGAAUCUCCUACUUUGGCAUACUUUUCAUACUUUUCAAGAACUUGACGAGGAAGCCCUUCUGCUUCACUGUUAGGUCGAUCUUCAGUUGGACAAUAAGGUUUAAAUGCAUGGUCUCUAACUUGUCGGGUCAAGUGAACUUGUUUUAUGGUUAAUGUGCAGCUUUAAUUGUAGCUGAUUCAUUUCAGUCAAGUAACCCAUAUGAUUAUAUCUUUUGCUAUAUAUUAUGAUUUGUAAACAAUCUGAUUCAAUUGUUGUUUUGAUUGUUGUGUCAUGUCGUUAUAAAUAAAAUUAUUCACAGUA